UCGCUCUCUCUUUUACAUUACAAUGGCUGAUCUUAAGGCAAAGGGCGGCUUCGAGGAGGCCAAGGUUCACCGAAUCCGCAUUACCCUCACCAGCGUUAACGUCGCUAGCCUCGAGAAGGUCUGCGCUGACCUCAUCAAGGGUGCCAAGGACAAGAAGCUCAAGGUCAAGGGCCCCGUCCGUCUCCCCACCAAGGUUCUCCGCAUCACCACCCGCAAGACUCCCUGCGGUGAGGGUUCCAAGACCUGGGAUCACUACGAGAUGCGCAUCCACAAGCGCCUCAUCGACCUGCACAGCCCCUCUGAGAUCGUCAAGCAGAUCACCUCCAUCUCCAUCGAGACUGGCGUCGAGGUCGAGGUCACCAUUGCCGACAUCUAAACAUCGUCCAAUAACCUUGUCCUUUGUAUCUGCGUCCCUGCGCAGCACUGUGCUCCUGUCUGUGUUGCAACUGUGGUGCAUUUUUUAUGAUGGAAUGAAACAGCACGUCCUUCAUUGAAGAUCCGAUUCCCUGUGCAUGCAUUGAAGCGAGUG